AUGGCAGAGACAUAUCCUAUUGGAACCCGCAGCGAGUGCGAGCGCCUCGUCAAGGACUGGGGCUUCCGCCACGUCUUCACUUGGACAGAUGGUAGCAACGCAUACUACCCACCACACACGCAUGGCGGGCCGACAACGCAUCUUAUCCGGCGGGGAACGCUCACAAUUACGUACCCGGACGAUAACGCCAGAUUGCAUAAUGGGGAGGUCGUGAAGGAGACAUUCGGAGUUGGUGCGAGGGUCGAUGUCCCGGCUAAUAAGCGGCACGAGGUUUGGAUUGGGGAGGAGGGGUGUGAGUAUGUGAUUGGAGAGUGA